AUGGGGUCUUUGAAUACGUCGAAAAUGCCGACGGAGUUGAUAGACAACCAGUGCGUCGAUUUGUUGAAUGGAUCAGUCUUGACGGAGGACGAUUCGAGGAAAAAGGAUGAUUUAGAGGGAUUUCCUGUCCCAAGAGUACGGAAGGCUACAAAAACUCGAAAACCAAGAGUAAAAUGGACUGAAAAAGAAACAAAUGACUUAUUGCGUGGGUGUCAGAUCUAUGGCGUGGGCAAUUGGAAAAAGAUUCUAAUGGACGAGAGAUUUCAAUUUGUGAAUCGCUCUCCUAAUGACUUGAAAGAUAGAUUUCGAGUUAUUCUACCAGAAGAUUACAAAAGGUUUUAUCCAAAUGCGAAAACACACAUGGGGAAAAACCAAAAGAUCCCGCAUACGCCAGGAAUGGCAAAGGCGUCUCGUAAAGAGCGAAAACAGUUCACGCCCGAGGAAGACGAACGGUUGCUGGAGGGAUUCUUUUUACAUGGUCCUUGUUGGACGCGAAUCAGUAAGGAUGCAAGUUUGGGUUUGCAAAAUCGGCGGAGCACGGAUUUACGAGAUCGGUUUCGCAACGCUUUUCCUGAAAGGUAUGCCGCUGCCGGGUUUAAGCUGAAAAACAAUUCCGGGUUGCGAGCAAAAUACGACCAAAGUAAUUAUUUAAUGAAUGAUCCUUCUUCAACAGAAGCUGCUGCCGCCGCCGUUGCUGCAGUUGCGGCUGUGGCUGCCGACCGGCAAGAAACACCAUCCCAAAAUUCUAGCAAGGACUCUGCACAAGAUCCUUCUACUGUACCCGUCACUUCCGAUGAUUUACUAGAGUGGUCAAACCAAAGUUUGAAUUCUUCCUUUUAUAAUGCUGAUCGGCAACAGCCUCAAUAUGCAAAUGAAUCCUUUUUACUUAGCCAAGCACUACCCGAAACAUUUCCAGCUAACGCUUUACAUUCUUUUCCGCCUUAUGAUGCUUUAUUUCCUACUGGGAACCCUUCUUCCUUGCCUUCUGAACCACAAUCGUCUGUUCAAUCAUUUCCGUUCUCUGUGCAGCAACCUCCUGUGCACUUGGAACCGCCAUUAGAGUCAAAUCAAAUUCAUUCUUCAUUGUUUUCAACCCCUAAUGUUGCCGAUCUCCAUUCUUUUUCACAAUUCCACCAGGCUCAUCAGCACCCUUCUAUUCCGCCCGGGGAACUGCCGUGGGUUAACCGAGGGUAG